UCCUGAUAUGACUGUGGUCAGGUGAAAGUGAAAGCAGGUAAUUUUUGUGUUGAGAAAAACACGAAGCUCUUGGAACAGAAUCGCACAGGACUCAGUUAAACUAAUACUAAGAGACAGCAGACAUUAGACUUUCUGAAAUAAUGUCGGGGGAGUGUGAGGAACUCAGAACAUCUGAAAUGAGUCAUCAAGAGGAGCAGCACAAGAUCCAAAGGUCAAAUUCUCCUGUAUCCAGCUGCGUGGCCUUUAAGAGUGACCGCUCAAUGAUACUUCCUCUCGACUUUAAAGGUGGAACAUCCUCUGUGGAAAGUGAAACUAAGGAAAGGCGUUUCUCACCUGUAUCCAGCUGUGUGUCCUAUAAGAGUGACCGCUCAAUGCACAUUCCUCUCAACUUUAAAGAUGGAACAUCCUCUGUGGAAAGAAACCAAAAACAGAAACCAAAAAUCAACUGCAGAAAUCAGAUGGAGUCCAUAUUCAAGGAGCUGGAGAACAAAGUCAUCACUCUGUUGAAGAAUGAGCUGAACAGGUUCAAGAAGCUACUGAGUGCUGAUUUCCCAGCAUGCUCUGAAGAGAAGGAGGAGGAGGAGGAUCUGCACUGUUUCAGAGAGGGUGUGCUGAAGAUCACACUGCACAUCUUGAACAACAUGAAGCAGAAAGAUCUCGCUCACACACUGCAGAUCAAGCUGGCCUCUGUGUAUCAGCGAAAGCUCAAAUCCAGACUUCUAGAUAAAUGUAAAAGAAUUAAUGAAGGAAUCUCACAGCAUGGGACAUUAACACUUCUGAAUCAGAUCUACACAGAGCUCUACGUCACAGAGGGUGGGAGUGGAGACGUCAAUAAAGAACAUGAGGUGAGACAGAUUGAGACAGCGUCCAGGAGACCAGCAGCAGAGGAGACACCCAUCAAAUGUAAUGAGCUCUUUAAAGACAAGUCCAUCAGAAGUGUGCUGACUAAAGGAGUAGCUGGAAUUGGAAAAACAGUCUCUGUGCAGAAGAUCAUUCUGGACUGGGCUGAAGGGAAAGAGAAUCAGGACGUCACCUUCAUGUUUCCACUUCCCUUUAGAGAGCUGAAUUUGGUGAAGCAGGGGACCUUCAGUCUGAUGAGCCUUCUUCAUCAGUUUUUCCCUGACAUUAAGGACUUGGAAGUAAUAGACAGUGACACCUACAAAGUCCUGUUCAUCUUUGAUGGUCUGGAUGAGUGUCGACUUCCUCUAAAUUUCCAGAAGAAUGAGAUGUUGUGUGAUGUGACAGAGUCAGUCUCAGUGGAUGUGCUGCUGACAAACCUCAUCAAGGGGAAUCUGCUUCCCUCUGCUCACCUCUGGAUAACCACUCGACCAGCAGCAGCCAAUCAGAUCCCUCGUGAGUGUGUAGUAAAGGUAACAGAGGUACGAGGGUUCAGUGAUCCUCAGAAAGAGGAGUACUUCAGGAAGAGGAUCAGUGAUCAGAGCCUGUCCAAUAAAAUCAUCUCACACAUGAAGUCUUCCAGAAGCCUCUACAUCAUGUGUCACAUCCCAGUCUUCUGCUGGAUCUCAGCCACUGUUCUAGAGAGAAUGUUGGGUGAAGCAGAGAUUGGAGAGAUCCCCAAGACUCUGACUCAAAUGUUCACACACUUCCUGAUCUUUCAGAUCAAACACAAGGACCAAAAGUACCAUCAGAAAUGUGACCUUGACAUUCCCCAGACCAGAGAGCGUAUCCUGGCACUGGGAAAACUGGCUUUCCAACAGCUGGAGAAAGGAAACCUGAUGUUCUACGAGGAAGACCUGAGAGAGUGUGGCAUUGAUGUCAGAGAAGUGGCAGUGUACUCAGGAGUGUGUACCCAAAUCUUCAGAGCAGAGUCUGGACUCCACCUGGGGAAGAUGUUCAGCUUUGUGCAUCUGAGUGUUCAGGAGUUUUUGGCUGCAUUAUAUGCAUUUCUCUGCUUCCUUGACAAAAACCCAACAAAAGAACAAACUACUGAUCUUUCUGGUCUUUUCAACAGAUCAGAAAUGUCUGACUUCCUCAAGAGUGCAGUGGAUCAGGCCUUACAGAGUGACAACGGACACUUGGACCUUUUCCUCCGCUUUCUUCUGGGCCUCUCAGUGGAGUCUAAUCAGGAGCUCAUUCGAGGUCUGCUGACACACAGAGGAAACAGCUCUGACUGUCAGAAGGACAUAGUUGAGUACAUCAAGUCCAAGUUUGAACACAAUCCAUCUCCAGAGAGAUCCAUCAAUCUGUUCUACUGUCUGAACGAGUUACAGGAUGAUUCACUAGUGAAAGAGAUCCAAAGCUACAUGAGCUCAGGACGUCUCUCUGAAGCUGAACUCUCACCUGCUCAGUGGUCUGCUCUGGUCUUUGUGUUGCUGACAUCAGAGGAGGAUCUGGAAGUGUUUGAGCUACAGAAGUUCAUAAAGUCAGAUGAAUGCUUUAAGAGACUGCUACCAGUCGUCCGGGAAGCCACAAGAGUUCUGCUCAGCGAGUGUAACCUGACGGAGAGAAGCUGCUCGGCUUUACACACAGUUCUCAGCUCAGAAUCCUCCGAGCUGACUGAGGUGGAUCUGAGCAGUAAUCCUCUGGAGGACUCAGGAGUGAAGCUGCUUUGUGCUGGACUGAAGAGUCCAAACUGUAAGCUGGAGAAACUGAGACUUUCAGACUGCAGUAUAACAGAGGAAGGAUACGCUGCUCUGGCUGAAGCUCUGAAAUCAUCACACCUGAUAGAGCUGGAUCUCAGAGGGAACGACCCUGGAGCAUCAGGAGUGAAGCUGCUCACUGAUGUACUACAGGAUCCACACUGUACACUGGAGACACUGAGACUUUCAGACUGUAAUAUUAAACAGGAAGGAUACGCUGCUCUGGCUGAAGCUCUGAAAUCAAACCCCUCAUCACACCUGAUAGAGCUGGACCUCAGAGGGAAUGACCCUGGAGACUCAGGAAUGAAGCAGCUCAGGAAUUUAAUAAAUGAUCCAAAAUGUAAACUGAAGACACUGAGGCUCAGUGAGUGUAAUCUGACAGAGAAAGGAUGUUCAGCUCUGCUCACAGCUCUCAGAUCAGAAUCCUCCACCCUGAGGGAGCUGAAUCUGAGUAAGAACAGGAUUCAGGAUUCAGGAGUGAAGCUGCUCUCUGCAGUACUGAAGAAUAAAGACUGUAAACUGGAGACUGUGAGGCUCAGCGAGUGUAACCUGACAGAGAGAAGCUGCUCGGCUUUACACACAGUUCUCAGCUCAGAAUCCUCCAAGCUGACUGAGGUGGAUCUGAGCAGUAAUCCUCUGGAGGACUCAGGAGUGAAGCUGCUUUGUGCUGGACUGAAGAGUCCAAACUGUAACCUGGAGAAACUGAGACUUUCAGACUGCAGUAUAACAGAGGAAGGAUACGCUGCUCUGGCUGAAGCUCUGAAAUCAUCACACCUGAUAGAGCUGGAUCUCAGAGGGAACGACCCUGGAGCAUCAGGAGUGAAGCUGCUCACUGAUGUACUACAGGAUCCACACUGUACACUGGAGACACUGAGGCUGCUGAAAAGUGCUGAUGCAGAGAAGGCCUGUGAUUUUCUGAAUGAGGUUCUGGGUAAAAACCCCUUACUGCAGAGGGAACUGGAUCUGAGUGGAAAAAUAAAAGGAGAUUCAGGAGUGAAGCAGCUCUCUGUUCUACUGGAGGAUUCACACUGCAGACCUGAGAGACUCAUGCUAAAGGGCUGUGGUGUUACAGAAGAAGGCUGUUCUGCUUUGACUUCAUCUUUUCAUUCAAAUCCUGCACACACAAGAGAGAUGGAUCUGAGUGAGAAUAAAUGUGGAAACUCUGGAGUGCAGAAGCUUUGUGCACUGCUGCAACAUCAGCCCUGUAACCUGCAGAUACUGAGACUUUCAGACUGCAGUAUAACAGAGGAAGGAUACGCUGCUCUGGCUGAAGCUCUGAAAUCAUCACACCUGAUCGAGCUGGAUCUCAGAGGGAAUGACCCUGGAGCAUCAGGAGUGAAGCUGCUCACUGAUGUACUACAGGAUCCACACUGUACACUGGAGACACUGAGGUUGUUGAAAAGUGCUGAUGCAGAGGAAGCCUACAAGUGUCUUACUGACAUUUUCAGAAGAAACCCCUUACUGCACACGGAGCUGCAUCUGAACAACAACACACCUGAAGACGUCAAAGUGGAGCACCUCUCGGCUCUGCUGCAGGAUCCACAUUACAGACUGCAGAAACUUACAGUGUAUAAAGAAGGCAGUAUUACAGAAGAUGACUGGUCACAUUUGACUUCUGCUCUGGUUUUAAAUCCUUCACACCUGAGAGAGUUGGAUCUAAACAGGAAUAAAGCAGGAGAGUCUGGAGUGAGAAAUCUGUGUGAUUUCCUGAAGAAUCCUAAAUGUAACCUGCAGAAACUAAAAUUAUGGAAGAGUGUAAAUGAGAAAUCCUGCACUGAUUUGGUUUCAGCUCUCUGUACAAAUCCAUCACACAUCAGAGAGCUGAAUCUGAGUGAGUGUAAACUAGGAGACUCAGGAGUGGAGAAGCUCUGUGAUCUACUGAAGAAACACGAGUGUAAACUGGAGACACUGGAGUUAUAUCAGUGCAGAAUAACAGAUAGAGGCUGUGCUGCUCUGACUGCAGCUCUGAAGUUAAACUCCUCACAUCUGAAAGAUCUGGAUCUGAGAUGUAAUAAACUGGGAAAUUCAGUCACACAACUCGAGGAGGUACUGAAGCGUUCAGGAGGACAGAUACGGUCAGUAAACUUAACACACAGUACAGAAUGUGUAGUUUCUGUAGAAUAUAAUGUAAGUGUAAGAGUGUUGUGUAAGAGUAAUGUAAAUGGAAAUCUGCAGCAUGUUGGUAAUCGUACUGACAGAAGCACACAGAAUAUACCUUCAGUAUUUAGGAUCAGAAUUAAACCCAACAGUAACUCGUCACUGCAUGCUAAUAGCUUUCUGAGGAUCUGAUUUAAUAGAAGUGCACUUUGACCUGAUCUGAUUCUGUUCUACACAGAAAUACCACUGCACUUCUAAUCUCAUCCUUCAUGUUCAUUCUAC